AAAUAAUGCUUAAUAACUCUACUGUACUGGUAUACGAUUUUAAGUUUCCAUCAAGAAAAUAUGCAUUUUUUGUGAAUUUAUUUAUUUUUGUAUUCACUCCGCGAGCACACCGGUCAUGUGAGUUUACGAUCUUGAACAUCAACAACCGCACCAAAUGCUGAUCUGAAAGCUUGUCACGCAAUAUGGGGUGCUGCGAAAGUUGUUUAAAGAGUUCUUCUAAAGAUUAUGAUGAAGAUGAUCCAACAGAACAUGAUCCUCUGAUUACACCAGUCAAUGGACAGCCUGCCACACAACAGUUUCGAGAGUCACAGACAAUUCCUCAAGCACCAGAACAACAUCCUGAAGGUGAUGAGAGGUCAGCAUUGUCAAGGAUUUUACACAAGACUGCAAGUGAUACAGUAGAUGUAUCUGCAGCUGAAGGAAGAGGUUUAGAACAACACGAGUUUCAUGAUAAAGCUAGGCAAUAUAGGUUUGUAAUAAUUGAUUUUGAUAAAUCCAUUAUAAAGAAAUUAAAAGUUUAUACUUGUUCAUGCUGAAUUUUGCUCAAGGUU